UCACUCUUUCACUCACUCACUCACUCACUCACUCACUUCUCUGGACUUAAUCUGUGACCAUGAAGUGUCCUGGGAAGUCUCUGGAAGACGCUCUGCUCUGCGCUCAGAGCGACGGGCGACUCACGGUGGGCGUCUACGAGAGCGCUAAGAUCAUGACUGAUGACCCGGACAGCGUGUCCUUCUGCGUCCUGGCCGUGGACGAGCAGUUCGAGUGCGACAUCGCGCUCCAGAUCCACUUCACGCUGAUCCAGUCCUUCUGCUUCGACAACGACAUCAGCAUCGUCCGCGUCGGCGACGCCAAGCGACUGUCGGCGAUCGUCGGCGACGACAAGGCGGAGCAACUGGAAGACGCGCACUGUGUCCUCAUCACGAACCCGGCUGAAGGUUCUUGGGAGGAUCCAGCCCUGGAGAAGCUGCACGUGUUCUGUGAGGAGAGUCGUGGUCUGAACGACUGGCUUCCUGAGAUCAGCCUCCCCGGCCGCUGAUCUGGGACCUGGACUCCGGUCUCCAUUUGUGCUCAGAUGCUGUGAAGCUUCUUAUCUGGAAAUACUCAUCCUGACGAUCAGGGUGACCCUGUUUCUGCUCGUCCUGGAUUCUCCUGAGGAGGAUUCAAGUCCAGGCAACGCGGCGCCGGCCCCCGGCCCACGCCCCGCCCUCCUCUGAAGGGAAAAAGGGGCGGGCCCCCCGGCCAACCGUCGUCUCUCGUACCCGUCCAUGCCAAGAUGACUCUCAUUCUUUAUGUGAACGAGGUCGGGCAUGCCACGAGAGCGACACGUCGACCCUCAUUCUUUGUGCGGAUGAGGUUUGGAGAGGAAGGAGAAGCGACUCGUGCGUCCUGUGGUUCCCGCAGAGCCGACGUCGCCAACCGUUGACGCACGCGCAGCAGGAGAAGAAGCGGUGCGGAGGAAGAGGCGUCUUUAGAAGAGAGACUUUUUUUAAAGGCGUCCUCUCUGCUGAGCAACAUGACAACAGUUGUCUUCAGCGCCAAAGUUUCCCACUUUCCAGAAUUGUCUUAAUUCUCUAAAGGUUUCACUUUAGAAAUUUAACGAUGACAAAAAAACAAGAAAAAAUCUCUAAAGGUUUCACUUUAGAAACUUUGAUACUGAAAAAAAAAAUUAAUAAUAAUAAAAACGGCUUUUUUUCUAAAGGUUUCACUUUAGGAAAAAACAAUGAUUAAAAAAUAUGGACAUUUUUCAGCAGAAAUUGCAUUUUCUUUGAAGGUUUUACUUCAGAAAGUGACUCAAUGAAGCUGAAAAUGUUACAAAAUUACACAUUUUAUUACGGCUUUUUGUAUUAUGAAGAA